AUGAGCAUUCCAACAGUUUUAGUUUUGCCAUUUCCAGCACAAGGCCAUGUAAAUCCCUUAAUGAACUUAUCAAAAAAGUUAGUAGAAAAUGGUUGCAAAGUCAUUUUUGUGAACACAGAUUUCAACCAUAAACUAUUGAUGAGUACGAUGAAAGAGCAAGAACUAGAUGAUAGCUUUAAUGGAGCUCUAAAAAUAGUUUCAAUUCCUGAUGGUUUAAGUCAUGAAGAAGAUAGAACCGAUUUCGCUAAGCUAUGUGAAGCUAUGUUAAACACCAUGCCUAAUAUGCUUGAGAAUUUAAUAAAAGAUAUUUGUUUGAAAGAUAAUUGUAGAAUCAGUUGUAUAGUUGCAGAUGUGAAUAUGGGAUGGGGAUUAAAUGUUGGAAGCAAAUUUGGAAUCAAUGGAGCUCUAUUUUGGUCUUCAGCUGCAGCUAUGUUUGCAUUGGUUUACAAUAUUCCUAAGCUUAUUGAAGAUGCUAUAAUUGAUUCUAAUGGAUUAUCAGCUACUAGAAAAACAUUUCAGCUAUCACUAAAUAUGCCAAUAAUGGACACAGAAGCUUUAGUUUGGUCAAAUGUAGCUGCAGAUUCAAUAAGCCUUAAGAAAAUAUUUAAUUAUAUUAAGCAUUGUUCAGAAACUACAAGUUUAUCAAAUUGGUGGCUUUGCAACACCACAUAUGAACUUGAACCUAGACCAUUAUCUUUUCUUCCAAAGCUUCUACCAAUUGGCCCUUUAUUGAAUAACUAUGAAAACAAAAGUGAAAAAGAAUCAAUUGGUCAAUUUUGGGAAGAUUUAUCUUGCAUGAGUUGGCUUGAUCAACAAGAAAAUAACUCUGUUGUUUAUGUUGCAUUUGGUAGUUUUAGUUUCACUCUUUUUGACAAAAACCAAUUAAAAGAAUUAGCAUUAGGACUUGACUUGACUAAUAGGCCUUUCCUUUGGGUUGUGAGAGAUCAAGAUUCCAAUGAGAUGAAAUUUCCUAAUGAGUUCAAAGGGUAUAAAGGGAAAAUUGUUAAAUGGGCUCCACAACAAAAGGUACUAAAACACCCUUCUAUAGCUUGUUUCAUUAGUCAUUGUGGUUGGAAUUCCACUUUGGAAGGUUUGUCUAAUGGAGUACCCUUUGUGUGUUGGCCUUAUUUUUCUGAUCAAUUCUAUGACAAGACUUAUAUUUGUGAAGAAUUGAAAGUUGGGUUGGGAUUUGAGAAAGAUGAAAAUGGAUUAGUGUUAAGUGAUGAGAUUAAAAAUAAAGUUGAUCGAUUGCUUGGUGAUGGGGACUUAAGGUUAAGGUCUAUGGAGAUAAAGGAGAAAAUAAUGAGGAACUUGGUCCAAGGAGGUGGAUCUUCAGAGAAUUUCAACAGGUUUGUUGAGUGGCUGAAAGAAUGA